GUCUGUAGACUCAAAGAGCGUGUUUUCAAUGAAUAUUGUCAACACAUUUUGAGCGCAAACUGUUUGACAGUUUUUGAUUGAAAACAGAUUUCUCGAUACAAAACCAAAAGCAAAACAACAAAAAUAUCGCCAAAAAGGUUGACACAAAUGAAUGUAACGAUUGUCUCGAAGACACCGCCGAAGACAACCAUUGAUUUGAUGCCAACAUUGAGUUGAGAAGUGAGACCGCAAUGCAAACCCACAAUACUAUGGAUCAGCUUAUAUGCGAUGAUCUGAAGGCGUUUGAGAGACGACUGAUGGAAAUCGUGUCACUGGAGAGACCGGCGACCCGACGAUGGCGUGUAAUCCUCUGCAUGUCGUCGCUGUUGACCAGCGCUUCGGCUUUCUAUUGGCUCAACGACCCGAAGACGGCUCACAUAUCGCUCAUCGACUCAUUGGUCACGCAUUACUUGUUUACCAUUAAUUGUCUCAUU